UGUUAGACUCUUCGUAAUCUUCUUUCCAGAAUAGUCGCGUAGUUUACUGCCUUGAUAAACACAUGCCGACCUGUGUCUAUACAAAAGAUUGGUUCGAAAGCACCGUCUGAUUUUAUAAUUUCAAUAAGAUCUAGAUCUACAUCUAUUUUAAAACGAUAUGGCCAAGUGGGGCGAAGGAGAUCCCAGAUGGAUAGUAGAGGAUCGACCUGAUGCUACUAAUGUUAAUAACUGGCACUGGGUAGAAAAAAAUGCUACUAAUUGGUCAAAAGACAGAAUUAAAGAAUUACUGCUAAAUUUAAAAGUUGAACAUGAAAAAGGUACUUGUGAAAUCAAAGAAAUAACAAGCAUUGAAGGAGAGGCAAGUGCUAAUAAUAGAAAAGCCAAACUGAUAUUUUUUUAUGAAUUUGAAAUCAAAGGAGUCUGGUCAGGUAUAUUAAAAGAUGAUGUUAAAUCCUACAAAGGUCAAUUUGUGAUACCUAACUUAAGUGAAGAGAAUGAUGCUAGUGAAAUUGAUGUUAACGUUACUGCUGAUAAAAGCUGUAAUGAAGCCCAUGAGCUGAAAGAUAUAUUUAGGGUAGAAGGUGCUAAACUCAUCAGAACUCAGCUAGAAAAAUACAUCACAGAUCUCAAAACAGAGUAUGGUCAAAAUAUAAUUCUCCCAACAAAAAACAGUGAUCAAACAAAAACACAAACUGCACAGUCAGUCAGCAAUAAAGAAAUUAAACCAAAAGUGGAGCUGAAUAAAUUUGUCACAUCAGAGACUAGUAAACCCUCAGAUGUUGGUGUUCGUAUUCAUACGAAGACUUUAACAAUGACAGAAACAUUUCAGUGUCAAUCUUCAGAUCUUUAUCGAGCAUUAACAUUUAAGCCUAUGGUUGAAGCUUACAUGGGAUCUGGCAUAACAUUUGAUGCGACUAAAGGAGAAAGGUUUUCUUUAGCUGGAGGAAAUAUUGUGGGAGAUUUUGUUGAAUUAAUACCAGAUCAAAAGUUAGUGAUGAGAUGGCGUGUAAAAACCUGGCCACCAGAACAUUAUUCACAAGUAACAAUAGAACUUAGUGAUAAAGAAGGAACCACAACUCUUAACCUCAAACAAACUGGUGUUCCAGAAGCAGAAGUCACAAAAACAAAAGAAGGAUGGAAAGAAAAUUAUUGGAAUCGUAUGCGUCAAAUAUUUGGUUUUGGGGGUAGAAUAUUUUGAUAUUUGUAUCAACAUGCUUUUUGUUAUUUCCAUUAAACAUUUUAGUACCUGCCCAGUUCAGAGAAAUCAAUCUGUGUUCAGUUAGUAUUUAUAGUGAAAAUGUUUGUAUGAGUCUGUCUAGCCACUAAUUGUUUUUAAUAGGGGACAAUAUUCAGGAAGAUUCCAAAAACUCCAAUUGUUAUGCUUGGGUUUGAAGCACAAUUCUGGUGUACAAAUGUUUUUCUAAAUUGAUUAUAAAUAAACUUGUGGCAACACUC